AUAUAUAUAUAUAUAUAUGGCGAGUCGGAGAUUUUUUAUUUCGCCGAAGAUACCCAGUCUUUUUUCUGUCAUCCGCUUGAACGAUUUUGCAUAAUGCUACGAGACGAAGGUUCACCUAAUUUUAUCAUCUAAAACAGUCUUCUUAUUUUUGACAUUAGAAGAAACUGUUUCGGUUAAAGAGGGUAAACUUUAAGUGAGUUUUUGUAAGAUGCAUGCGUGUUGGCAGAGAAACGAUUGCCAAUCUCGAUUAUUCAUUUCCCUCGCGCAACUGUAGUCGAUUAUAACUUGCCGAUCUUCUUAAAACAUCGGUAUUAGAAAACAGCACGUAGCGUAAGAUCAUCGAAGGAGUGGAGUAAAAGGAGGAAAGGAGGGGUGGUACAUUGGACGUAAGUUGAGUUGUGAGGAACAAAUCGCGGACGAGGAACGGUGCAAUAGAACGAAAUUUAUUUUUUUUUUUUUUUUCCUUCGCGAGCGUGUACGACGUUUGUCUGAAACGUUAUUUUUCUAUAGUUGGAAAUAUACGAGGACGAGAAGGUUUUGGAUGAUACUGGUAGAUGGACUAUGCUGUACAGUUGUUGACGCAUACGUAUCACGAAACGACAACCCAACCAAUUCCUUUCGGUGUGAAUCAGUGACGCCAGAUUUGAGAUGCAAAUAGCAAGCAGCAUGAGGGAGAAAUUACCGCACACGUGCGCAAGCCACGUUAUGUGAACUCCACUCUUCGGCUUGCUUCGGACACUAGAAAAGAGCAGGCAUACUAUUUCUGUCUCCUUUUUUACCAAAUCGGCAAUGAAGACGACGUCGUCACAUCGCUCGCUGGGUUGUAUUCAGAAACUACAUCCGGGAGCACCCAACCGCCUAAAGGCCGUUCAGAAAUGCUUUGGAUGUUCUCGAUUGAGAAACUUCUGCAUCCUGUGAAAGAGCAUAAUACUAACUAUAUAUAUAAUAUAACAUAUACAUAUAUUAUGUAUAUAAAUAAUAUAUAAGGACGUCCUAAAAACGUCCUAAAUACGACAUCUUUAGGACGCCUUAGAAACGUCCUAAAAAGACGUUAUUUUUUAAUUUCUGUAACGAUUGGCAUUUUGAAUUUUGCAACAAAACACUUUCCAAAAAUUUUAAAAGAGUUUUAAUUAUUUAAGUAUUUUACGAGUAUCUUAAUGCUGUGAAAACUAGUCUAGAAGCGAAAAUAAGCAUGUAGAAAAAUACUUGCUGGAACGGCCAGAAACGCUCCAGUGGAGCGGCUCCAUUUUAGCCGGGAUUUUAAAAAAUUGUUGACAGGAACACAUGGGAUACAGGAGUAGCCAAUCGGAGCAGGGUCAUCUAUUGGUUAGCUAAAACAACAUAACGACUGUACACGAUGGUAAAUGUACCGAGUGCAGUUGGUACAUUUAUCAUCAAUGCAUUCGCAAUGUUGCUUAGAGAUGAAACUGCUUCGAGUGUGCUCUUAUAUCAUCAUGUAUUCCUGUUAACAAUUGCUUAAAAUCCCGGCUAAAAUGGAGCGUUUCUAGCCGUUUUGUUGACUGAGGAGCAGAAUAGGUUAUGAUCAUCUGUGAAACGUCGAGAAAACGGCGUUUGGGUGGCUGGACGCGCUAGAAGUAAGAAGGGGUGAAAUAAUAGUGAAAAUGUUUUGUGUAAAAAAAAUUGUGUUUCAAACAGGAGACACUUUAAACACGUAAAAAAAAGAGAAAAAAGCGAGUUGUGUUGUUAUGUUUGAUUAUGGCAUUAUGAGGGUAAUCGUCAUUUCGCGUGGUUCGUCGCAACGGUUAAUUAACAAUCGCUUGAAGAAAUAUUUCGACCAUGGAUCCAGAACGGAAGGACGCUAAUAUCUACGAUCUCAUAACGCAAUUGAUUAAACAUACGUUGCAGAAGAAUCGCUUGGAAAACGAGAACUCCUACGUGCCACCCAGAAGCGAUGUUAAAAUAAUAAAAAGUCUUCGCUCGAAAGCUUAUGAAAUAUUGUUAAAUAAGAGCAAUAAGAUAUGCCAUCGAAAGGAAGAAAAUGCAGCAGGUUCUGAUCCCUUAAUAGAGAUAUUAAAGCAUGUCUUUGUGCUCAAAUUGUCUUUGAGACGUCUGUCAGAGGCAGACGAGUUGGAAAAAUUGGUUAAUGAGUUGUACACUCAAGAGGACAGUACAGAAACUACGUGUCAUUCUAUUUUACAACUGCUGGUGGAGCUUAAAAAUUUUCAGACCAACAGAAGAGUUGUAUUGGAUGUAUUUCAUUAUGGUAGAAACAAUCCUUCCUUGCCUGAGGACGUCGCACCGACGAAGGGCGUACCAAUGUUUCAAACAUAUCCUAUGGAAUCUUUUACCUUGCCAGAGAAGUUUGAAGCCAUGUUGGGUGUUCGCAGAAUCUAUACUAAGCAAAAUACCUCGCCUAAUUUUAUUAGUAGAGUACCUUUCAAAGAUCAAUAUGUAUCUAGAGCCAUAUUAGGAAUCGAAACGAUUAGGUACAAUAAUGUUAUUGAAAUGGCUCCCUGCAUAUCAAGUUGCAUUGAGAAUAGAGCAAAUUAUAGUAACGUGAUCACUCCUCUUCUAACACAUAUUAUGGUUGAACAAACAAAUACGCUAUAUUUAUCCACACAAGGAUUCAUAUCAAAUUUGACUUCACCUUAUGAAUGGAUGAAGCCUAUAGAUGAUCAAAUAGAAAAUCAAAAUCAUUUGUGUGUCAUGCCAGAUAAUUCAAGUUUUACGAUUGAAUCGGAAAAUGUUAGAGAUAAUAUUAACUUAAUAUGGAAAGAAAUAUUUUCCAGCGAUUAUAUUCCGAAAUUACGAACAUGGGAAUCUCUGGGAGCUCCGGAGUCUCCCAAACAAUCGCUAUUCGUCACUGAUUUACCAGAGACGGCGCUGCACUUAGCGAGGAUAAAGCAAACAAGUAUUUUAUCACUGCUGCCAAAGAAGGUGAUGCACUCGAUAUCUCUGAUGCGAGAAGUUUCUCUUGAAAAAUUUUUACCAGAUGUUAAGUUGCUGCUAUUCGGCAUAGAUUCGGAUUCUUUUCAAUAUGAUGCCGUGACGGGAUUUAAAUUGGAGGAAAAUGUUACUGUGCGCGGUAUAAGUUCGGAGGCGCUGAAUGUUACUUGCCAAGAGGUGAUUUGUUGGGGCAAUAGUUUCAAGUCCUUACUAUCCCUCGUCACGCCCGAUCCGCAAACGGGUAAAUUGCAACAGGACGGUGUCAUAUUCAAGGCAAUGUGCACCAACGUCAAAGAGCUGCUCCUGUACUAUCGAUCGGCGCUGCAAAGGAUUCUUAAUCGAUACGAAUUUCACGGGUUGCUGAGCCUGUUUAAAAAAGUUCGUCCAUUAGCACAUUUAAUUGCGGAAGUUGCGAGGCUGUGCGGUUGUAGCAGAGACAAUCAGUGCACCUUGGCCGGUGGUAGUAGAAUUUUGACGCACAUUUAUAAAGAAGUGACCAAAGUCACCAAUCCGAAAAUUGCGUUGGUAUUUUAUUCGAUAUUGAAGUCGUGCUGCGAAGUUUAUUUUCGGUUGUUGCAAAACUGGUUAUUCGAAGGGACAUGCGAUGACGUUUACGGAGAAUUCAUGAUUCAAGCGCGAUCUCAUUAUCUGCGAAAGAGAGGACGUAAGUUUUGGACGGAGGGCUUCGCGAUCGAUACAGAAUCAGUGCCCGGCUUCUUAUCCGAACUGUCGGAGUCGAUACUGCAAUGCGGAAAGACGCUACGGCUUUUGAAAAUUUGUAGCUUGAAGAAUCCUGUGUGCAAUGCGUCUCUCAAUGCUCAACCGGAAGUGAGAGUUUGUUUAAGUGUAUCUAUGCUGCGGGAACAGCUGCUACGGUGUCAGGAAUACGAGGAGAAAGGCGAAGAGGCGUUGGGACCAAUAGUAUCUCUGUUAUCCGCGAUUCAAGAUGAAAAGAAAGCCGAGAAGAAAACAGCUGAGCUCGUAAUAGGCGCGCAACAGGAGACAUUAUCAAGGCUGAAUAAACAACGCGAAGAACUUCUCGUAAAGGCCGCGCAAAGGAAACGAGCAUUACUGCAAGAAUUAAAGCAACAGGCGGAAGAGAGCGCCUUGUUUAAAGAGAAGGAAAAGGAAUUUGAAAUGCUGACUGAUAAAUUAUUGCUUGAAAGGAUUAAUCGAGAACAGGAUGAACGACAGGAGCAACAACAGGCCGAGCGGGAGGUUCUCAUACAGUAUUACGACAAAUUGGCAGCUGAUAUAGAGAGCAAUUGCACGCGAUCCAAUUGGCGCAGGACGAGAAUGAAUCAUUUCGAAAGACGAGUGGAGUUUUUGAAGUCUCUAAGGAAAUUCGAUAGGGAAGCGUCGGAAAAUAUCGCCACGCCAAGCUCGGAUGAGAACACGGUCGAUAUUGAUAAUCAAAAUAAAACUAUUUCCACUUCAUCCAGCAUGGAUAUAUCCGAAGCUGCGUCUAAUCGGGAUGAGAACAGCAACUUUGCGGAAAACGAAGUGUUAGAUGUAGCGACAAACGUUUCCGAUCACAACAAUCCUGAGGAAAAUUUAUCAGCCGCUAAUUAUGUGAACAUCGAUGCCUCGCCUAUCGAGAAUGACGAUUCCGAUAAAGAUAAUGUGUCGGGCGAGGAAAUCACGGCAAGCAAGAAUUCUCUCGCGACCGCAGACACACAGAACGUACCGCAGAAAUCGCAACCGUUAAAUUACAUUUACAAGAAGAAUAACGAGCGGAGCGACCUGCAGGAUUUCCUACGCGACGAAGCGAUGAAGAACAUUAACACUAUUAUCGAUGGCGAUAAGCAAACGGCUGCACUUGACACGUGCUUGAAUAUCUUGGAAACCGACGAAGUGACGGAGAAAAUUAAGGGUGCUAUUAACAGGCCUAAAUCGUUAGCUAUCGAGAGGAUAGAUAACAUGACAACCGCACAAGCCAAUAAGCUUAGAGUUCUGAUGCAGGAGUACGGUAUGACUGCGAAUAAUAACGAGCUGAGCACGAUACUCGCAAAUAAACGAGCGAUUGAUCGCACAAACAUAAACGGCAAUAACCAGAUCGCAAACGAACAAACUUCGGACAAUAUGAGGGAAAACGCGAACAAUAAUGCGCUUUCGAUUCCGAAUAUCAAGCUGCCGACGGAAACGGCGAGCGCAGGCGGGGCUGCGAACGAUGAAGAGUGCUCGAAUAAGAUUAACAGCGCGGAUGGCAAAGCGCACGAGCCGAUAUUGGAUAAUAUGCAACAGCAGAGCAGCACGGACACGCCGAUGUCGUGCACGACCGACAACUUCACCACGCUAUCGAUGCACACACCUCUGUCGCAGAUACCGAACAGCGACGACAUAUUCGCCAUGAACGCCAGUCAGGAAGUGCUGUCGAUAUCCGACAUGACGAAGUCGAUCACGGAGGAAACGUGCUGCGAGACUCCGAUGAGCAGCAACUUCAGGCUGCCGAAUCUGUUCGACGUCGGCCACGACGCGAGGCCGAGCGCGCCCACGUCGCUGACGAUAGCCGACGUCGAGAUGAUCGACCACACCUCGCUGCAAGUCUACCUGGAGAAAUCCAUCAUCAUUCCCCUGCAAAUUCAGACUCGGCUGGUCAACAACGCGAUUAUCAAGUAUCUGGUGAACGAGUGCAGCAUGCUCUCGCACCUGCACAGCCUGCGCAGUUACUUCUUCCUGCUGAACGGCGAGUUCGCGAAGAGCCUGACGGACUCGCUGUACUCGCGCCUCUACGCGAUAUCCACGCCGAUCGAGCUCUUCAAUUCCGCCACUCUCACGAAUCUCCUCGACAAGGCGUUGAUGAACUCGUUCAGCAAUAAUUACGCCAAUUCGGAACUUCUGAGCCUCACCGCUGUCGACAAGCCGAACCAGUUGUAUAUUUCGGAUCCGAAAGUCUUGGAAUGCCUCUGCCUCAACUAUAAAAUAUCAUGGCCGUUGAAUAUUAUCUUAGACGACAUAAUGAUGUUGCAAUACAGCAAGGUGUUCAAGUUCUUGAUCAUGACUGGCAGAAUGUCGUGGGUGCUGCAGGAGGACUUCAAUAUAAUGAAGAUGGAGCGUAACGCGGUCAACUCGGAGCAAUAUCACAAGUUGCAGUUGUAUAGACACUCCAUGACCCAAUUCAUGAAUGCUCUGGACAACUAUUUAACGUGCAGCGUGCUGCACGCAAGCUGGAACGAGUUCGAAAAAGAUCUGCAGAACUCCCUUACGAUAGAUCAGAUUUAUCUCUCGCACAUGAAUUAUAUUAAGAGGAUACUCUCGAGAUGUAUGCUGAAUACGCGCGGGGAAAAAAUGCGCGACUGCCUGAGCACCAUUUUCAAGAUUAUACUAAAGUUUCACAAUCGCUUAAGAUCACAAGGCUGGACUGUCAACGGCGCAGGUCGAUACAGCCAUCCGAACUUCAAGAAUUUGGAACACAUGUAUCAGUCGUUUUGCGAAUGGCGAACGUACAUGGCACACGUCGCGCACAAGCUGGCUACGAGCGGAUAUCAACCACAUUUAACGCAUUUUCUCAACGCUUUGAAUAUAAAUCACAUGUACGACCUAACGACGAAGCAGCAGUAAUUAUAUAAUUCAAAUUCCGUCACACGUCUUCUUUCACGAUCGGUGUAUUAAAUGUAGAAGAAAUGUAAUUAAUCUUAUAAGUUAUAGCAUUCAUUAAAAACAAUUUAAUUUUCGAA